CUGACGUGGCCGUGGGGAGCCGCCAUCUUGUGGGCAGUGAGGGAGGCUGUGACGGAGACGGAAGGUGAAGGCGAGACACCCGGCGGGCUCGGAGAGGACGACGACGACGUCCCCGCAGCCAGGUACCCCGCGACGUCGCCCGAUUUUCUUGGCCAGUGGGUGAACAACAUCCUCAAACAUGGGAAAUAUUUUUGCCAACCUUUUCAAAGGCCUCUUCGGCAAAAAAGAAAUGCGUAUUCUUAUGGUUGGACUGGAUGCCGCAGGAAAAACUACUAUAUUGUACAAGCUUAAGCUCGGUGAAAUAGUAACUACCAUCCCUACUAUAGGUUUCAAUGUAGAAACAGUAGAAUACAAGAAUAUUAGCUUCACGGUGUGGGAUGUCGGUGGACAGGAUAAGAUCAGACCACUUUGGCGCCAUUAUUUCCAAAAUACACAAGGCUUGAUCUUUGUGGUCGAUAGUAAUGACAGAGAGCGAGUUAACGAAGCCAGAGAAGAGCUUAUGAGAAUGUUGGCAGAAGAUGAGCUCAGAGACGCUGUCCUUUUAGUCUUCGCUAACAAACAGGACCUGCCGAACGCCAUGAAUGCUGCUGAAAUCACAGACAAACUAGGGCUGCAUUCUCUCCGCCACAGAAACUGGUACAUCCAGGCCACCUGUGCCACCAGUGGGGACGGUCUCUAUGAAGGACUGGACUGGUUGUCCAAUCAGCUCCGGAACCAGAAAUGAACCCCUGAAUUAUUCCUCUUUUCUCCACCCCUCUUCCUCCCCUUCCUCUUCCUCACUUUAGUCUAAUGUGGCAAACCAUGCUACUUUGUAGUAUUGAGUGCCGGAAACUAUUUUCAUCUUUUUUCGUCCACAGGAUUGUCCUUCACCACGCUGUACAUGUGGCAAAAACCAAACUCGAAAAAAAAACAGUUUUAGGGGUUUUUUUCUCUUCUUACUUAAUGUAAAUAGUUCUUGUUUUCCCCACAAGUCAGUUUCUGGUACUCCUAUGCAAUAUUAUUUGCCUUUUUUAUGAUAAAGGUUAAAAAAAACAACCCAACAACUUUGAGUAGAUUCAGAAAAAAAAGGUUGACAGGAGUCUGGUUUUGUUUGUGUCUUGUGUGUGUCUGUGGGCUAGAUCUGAACAUGAUCCCUCUCGGCUUGCAGAUCUGGGCUGAGGGCUGAUUUCUGCAGCCAUGUUUUUAAGCCUGGGGACAAGUUUCUUUUUAGAAGACGGGUGGUGAGAAGGAAAGCUGGACGACUUGAACCUAGGACCCUUUGUGAUUUCUGCAACAACAUGAAAAAUACCAGCAGUUUCCCUUGUUCCAGAUCGUAGAAUUCUUGGUCUCAUUUCUGUUCUUGACAACCUUUUUGUGUUUGUCGGCAGAUGGGAGACUUUCCCCAGAGUUAGAAUGAAAUCAGUUGCAGAUUAAGGAGAAACCAGGACCCCCUGCACCCCUUUAACUGCUCCUUAAAUUUCGAUAAAACUAUUUUUCCCCUGCAACCUAUGAAUGCCAUCUUCAUCUUCCUCUCUGUCACUGGGGAAUGUAGCUCCUUCAAAAAUCCUUGAAUUUCUCCAGCCUAGAAUUAUUUAGGAAGACGGUGCUCUUGCACGGGCGUCACAACAGCAGUCCCACCUCGGCAAGUACUGUACUUAAAUAAGAAAUGUCACACAAGCUUCUUGCAUCCGGGGGGGG